AUGGUUGAAAAUGGAUGUAGUCUGUUAAUACGAAAUUUAAGCUUCCAUACAAGCCCAGAAAAAAUCAGGAAAAUUUUCGAAAUUUUUGGGAAAAUUCGUGAUGUAUAUCUUCCGCUAGAUCAUUAUACAAGACGACCUAGAGGAUUUGGAUUUGUAGAAUAUUAUGACCCCAAGUAUGCAAAAGAAGCAUUAAGUAUUUUAAAUCAUUCAAAAAUAGAUGGAAAGGAAAUUAAAAUUAUUAUUGCACAGAAUAGAAGAAAAUCUCCAGAUACCAUGAAAAUGUACCAGCAUAAGGCAAAGGAAGCCAAAUAUAGAAAAAAGGAUCCAUAUGAAAGUAAUAAUCGAAAAAGAAGAAUUUAUAGAAGUAGUAGACAUAGGUCGAAUGAAGGGGAUAGGCGCAAAUAUGACAGAAGUAAGAGUGUCAGUACAUACAGGAUUAGUAAAAAGGAAAAAAGGAGCAAAAGAAAAAAAAUGGAAAAAAAACAUAAAAAUAGUAAAAAAUAUUCAGGAAGCGUGUCUACCUACAGCUCCUCUUCUUUGUAUCGUUCAUCAUACAGCAGGGAAAGCAGCAGAGGUAGAAGUAGCAGAGGUAGAAGUAGCAGAGGUAGAAGUAGCAGAGGUAGAAGUAGCAGAGGUAGAAGUAGCAGAAGUAGAAGCAGCGUGAGCAGAACCACGAGCAGCCACACCAACACAAGUAGAAGCAGAACCCACAAACGUACGCAUUCAAGAUCAAGCCAUAGUAGUGGAGAUAGCAGGUAUGAUAACGGGAAAAGAAGGACUAAGAAGAAAAAGAUAAAAGAGAGUAAAAAAAAGAGCAUAAAUUUGGAUUCUAGUAAAAGAAAAAGAAAUGGAAUCAGUAGAAGCGUUAGUAGCAAAAAUGUUAGUAGUAUGAGUGAUAGCAGAAGGAGCCCUAGCAGAAGUGUCUUUAGAAGCAAGAGCACAGUUCCCCACGAAGGAACCGAUACAAAAGAAAUUCACAAGAAUCAGAGCAAGGGUAAACACAGACAUUCCAGUAAAAGUUUAUCUUCAAUCAGAAGGAGGAAAAUUGAGAAAAAGGAAUUAGAAAAUUACUCAGAAAGGAGAAGAAGUUAUUCCAUCCAGGGGGAAGAACAGCCAGAUCAGGAUGAGAAGCAAGGUCAGGAGGAGGAAUCUCAAGACUUUCGCGAUUCUCAUGAUGAGAGACAAUCAUACGAACGAAGUGAAAAGCGAGAAAAUGAGGGGUCUAUGAAAUCGCUAAAAAAAUACAAGUCAAGUAAAAAUCCCAGUAAAACCAGAAAAAGAUCUAGUGAUCGAAACAGCAAAAAUAACUCAAACAUAAAGAUGUCACAUACAAGCACAGAAGAAGAAGCCCCUUCGCAUAGGUACAAGCGUAAACAUAACACGCCAAGUGAUUCGGACGACGAAGAAAAGAAAAGAAAAAAAAAAAAAAAAAAAAAAAAAAAAAGAAAAAAAAUUAAAUCUUUAAGUUAUAGUAGUAGUUCAAGCGGGGAAAAAUACAUUGAUGAGUCUGAAGAUGAGGGAGGAGACGAAAGAGAAGAAAACAAUGGAUCAUCACUUGGACAAGGAUCACUUCGCAAGGAUGGCCAACAUGACCAGCAUGGCCAGUAUGGCAAUGAUGGGAGUAAUGCUGGAGGCCAAUGUAGUGAUAGUACAAAUGGUGCUAAUUGUGGCAAUAAUGGCAAUCAAUGCAGUGAUAGAAUUGGCAGAAAUGAAAGUAAGACGUGUCAAGAUGAAGAGGGAUGUGCAACAAGUCAUCUGACACUCAAUGGGAAGAUCAAAGCAAAAGAGACUUUAAAAAGUGAUUAUUUUUAUUACCCACGUGACAAUUACAGUGAUCCCGAUGAAGGUUCUACGUUACAAGAGGAUAAAAGGAAUUUCAUAUAUUUAUCCACAAAUGUAAGCAGAGAAGAUAGGACGAGCAAAGUAGAUAACCAAAGCAAAGUAGAUAACCAAAGCAAAGCAUAUAACCAAAGCAAAGCAGAUAACCAAAGCAAUAGCAAUUUUCCUCCCUCGAAUAGCAAAAGUGGAAAGGCCAAAAAGGAAGAGAAUAUAAAUGUGAAGAUGAUGGCAGAUUUCAAUGCUGUUAUCGAUAAGGAGAAUAAAACCAAUAGAAAGGAUUACAUUGAAUAUUAUUCUCUUAACAAAAAUGAAAUAGAAGAUAUUGAUAGCAUCCACUAUGAGAAGAAGAAUGGGUCCCAAAUGAAAACAUAUAAACAUCAUAAAGACUAUUCCCUAUCGUCCGGACGCUCCAGCAGUAUAAGGAAAGAGUAUAAAAGGAAACGCAUGGAAAUAUAUACAAAUCAAGGGAAGAAGAAGAAGAAAAAGAAAAAGAAAAGAAUUAAUGAGGACUCAUCCGGUGGUAGUUUCACCAUGGAGGAUAAUAAGAAAGUUCUCGACACAAGUGGGAGUAGAAGUUUGAGUAGAAGUUUGAAUAGAAGUUUGAAUAGAAGUGGGAGUAGAAGUGGCAGCAGACGUGGCAGUAUAAAACGCCACAGUGGUGAGAGAGGAGGCACGCGAGGAGGCAGCAUGAACCCGAGUGAUGCGCAGAUUGAGAAUAAAACGGUACAACAAAUAGAUGGACAAAUGGAGACACAAAUUAUAAGUGAAAUAGAAUCGAAAAGAGAACUAAAGAAAGGAGGUGAUCAUGUGAAAGGGAGGAGCAGGAGGGGAUACACUGAAAUAAGAAAAAAUUUGCAAGGAGAGAAAAACUCAAAGAGUAAAAGUAUGAUACAGUGCCAAAAUGGAAAUAAUGAAAAUGAGGAUAAUAAGAAAGAAAUGGAGAAAAAACUAAGGGAAGAGAGAAAAUAUAAUUUUUACAGUGUAUGCAAAAUGUCAUAUACAAGUAGAAGUAUUAGUGAUGAUUUUAUCGAAUGUUCAGAUGGAGAAAAGAAUCACAUUAUUGGAAGAAAUGGAAAUAGAUAUAGGAUAAGGAAUAGUAGCCAUAACACGAGUCCGAGUGAUGAUGACACCAGUAUUAGUGAUGGAAAAUGUAAAGGUAUUACAAGUUAUGUAAAACGAAAGCAAAUAUCAAAAUUGUCAGAAAAAACAUACCAUGAAAAGCAAAAAAUCUAUCGUUCCAUGAAAAUCAGAAUGAAUAAUAAGUCAAUUAAUAAAAAGAAACAAUUAAAAGACGGGCAGAUAAAAAGAAGAUCAUAUGAAAGUUCAAAAUAUAGCCAAAGUAGCAGAAGUAGAUCACCUGGAGAAUUAACAGCGGAUAGCACAAGUACGAUUAGCUAUAUUUCUAAAAGGGAAAAAAAUAAUAAACAUUUUGAUAGUAAACACGACAAAGAGAAAAAACACAAAAGGGAAGUGGGAAUGAGGAGAGGCAGACAUUCAUCCACGUCUUAUACCCUAUCAAGCACAUGUUCUAACUGUGCAGUAGUUUGA